UGGCAGUGUCUCCGCUGCUGCUGCUGCCGCUACAAAAACCCCACCCUGCCGCCUCUCGCUCGUGCUCAGCCCAGCCGGACUCGGAGUCUGCAGCUCCCUGCUAGCUUCUCUUCAAGAUGUCUACUGUCCACGAAAUCUUAAGCAAGCUCACCCUUGAGGGAGAUCAUGUUCCCCCUCCAAGUGUCUAUGCCACAGUCAGGGCGUACGGAAACUUUGAUCCCGAAAGGGACGCUGCAGCCCUUGAGACAGCCAUCAAGACCAAAGGCGUGGAUGAGGUGACCAUUGUCAACAUCUUGACAAACCGCAGCAAUGAACAGCGGCAGGACAUUGCUUUUGCCUACCAGAGGAGAACUAAGAAGGAACUCCCUGCAGCUCUGAAGUCUGCUCUGUCUGGGCACCUGGAGACGGUGAUCCUGGGUCUGAUGAAGACAGCGCCUCAGUACGAUGCUUCUGAACUGAAAGGGUCCAUGAAGGGUCUGGGAACGGACGAAGACACGCUCAUCGAGAUCAUCUGUUCACGUACAAACCAGGAGCUUGCCUUAAUCAAUAAGGUUUACAAAGAAAUGUACAAGACUGAGCUGGAAAAAGACAUCAUCUCCGACACAUCUGGCGACUUCCGCAAGCUGAUGGUUGCUCUAGCCAAGGGCAGAAGAUGCGAGGAUGCUUCGGUGGUUAAUUAUGAGCUGAUUGACCAAGAUGCCAGGGAUCUGUAUGAUGCUGGUGUGAAGAGGAAGGGAACGGAUGUUCCCAAAUGGAUCAACAUCAUGACGGAAAGGAGCAUUCCCCAUCUUCAGAAAGUGUUUGAGAGGUACAAGAGUUACAGCCCUUACGAUAUGCUGGAGAGCAUCAAGAAGGAAGUCAAAGGGGACCUUGAGAUUGCCUUCCUCAAUCUUGUCCAGUGCAUCCAGAACAAGCAGCUCUACUUUGCUGACCGACUAUACGACUCAAUGAAGGGCAAAGGAACAAAAGACAAGAUCUUGAUCAGGAUCAUGGUCUCCCGCUCUGAGGUGGACAUGCUAAAAAUUAAGAGUGAAUUCAAGAGGAAAUAUGGAAAGUCCCUUUAUUACUUCAUUCAGCAAGACACAAAGGGAGAUUACCAGAGGGCGCUGCUGAACCUGUGCGGAGGAGAAGACUGAAGACUGUGAUGGGGGAUAAACCUUCCUUGCCCAGCAAUAUGCUUCUUCCCUGCUUUUUCUCCUCCUCCAGAACUAGAUCCAUUGACACAAUAGCCUUGCUAACUCUAACUUCUGUAUCCGGUCCUUGCAAGACUGAUACGAUUGGUUGCUUCCAUAUAGCUCCCCUACCUUGGCUCUUUGUUGCCUGGCUUUUACCCAAGUGGCUAAUUCCGCAGAUGUAAUAAGGCCAAAGAGGUUAACAUUCCAAAAAGAGAGAGGCAAACUUGUGUCUGGCAUGAAUUCUGCCUCGGUGUGUUCUGUUCCUGGUGAUACUGCAAAUAAAAUGGAAUUUUUACUUGUAAGAAAA